GGCAAGUUCGUCGACAACAUCGAGAGAUGGGCACCAAGGCAACGACGACGUGGCUGUACAUCGCGGCGGCGAUGGCGCUACUCGCGUACUUGGUGGACCCAGCGGCAACCUAUGGAUGGCUGCUAUCGUCGACACCGCCCCACAAGCCUGUCACCGUCUACGCCAACGGCAAGUCCACCAACGGCAUUGCCGUCGCGCUCCCUCCCGCGCUCGUGCCGUCGGGUGUCGCGCUCGCCGCCUAUCUCUCGACGCUUGUUGAAGUCGAAGGCCUCGCCAACUACGCGACGCCAGUGGUAGCUGACCGCGUCUACACGGGCAAUGGCCACCUCGUCAACUCGUACGACGACAUUGCCGCCGGGGACCGACUCUACCUUGUGGCCCCGGGCCUGCUCUUUGUAUGGCCGUUUGUAAGACCCGGCCACCGCGUGCUCAUCGAGUCCACGCAGAGCCCGACGAAGACGCCGCUCAUUCUCGAGUCGUGGACCGAGUCGCCGCGCGUCUUCCACGUGCACCACUUUUUCUCCGAAGCCGACGCCGAUGUUCUCAUUCAGCAGGUGCUCGCCAAAGACGACGCAGACGACGUCGCCGAGCACGAGAAGCUGCGUCCAUCGACAGUCGGAUCGUCGGCCGAAGGCGUGCGCCGGUCGCCGCGUCGAACGAGCGAGAACGCGUUCGACUCGACGUCGCCCGCGGCGAUUGCAUUUCGGAAGCGGUCGUUCGACUUGUUGCGCGCCGGAAGUUACGACCCCGAGAUGUGCGACGGCGUCCAGAUUUUGCGCUAUGGUCCCAAGCAGGCGUACGUGCCGCACACUGACUACUUUUCCAAGGCGCCGACCGAUGCGUGGAACCCGGAUCCGCACACGGGGGGGACCAACCGAUUUGCCACCAUUUUUCUCUACCUCUCCAAUGUCACGCGGGGUGGCCAAACAGUCUUUCCAGAGGCAGAAAUGCCCGAGGGUUUUGCCCACCCGCCAGCUGAGACGCAAGGAAUUGCGGCUCUCGCGUCGUCGUUUUUCGAUGCGGGGUCCUGGGAACACGACAUGACGCUCAAAUGCCACUCGCAACUGGCUUCGUACCCCAGAAAGGCCCAUGCGAUCCUCUUCUACAGCCAAAAGCCCAACGGCGAGCUCGAUCCAGCGUCGUUCCACGGCGGGUGCCCCGUCCUUGACGGCACCAAGUGGGGCGCCAACCUCUGGGUCUGGAACAAGAAGCGACACGUGGCAUCGCGACCGCGCAUCUCGGUGCGGUUCGAAAACCCCACGGACGUGCCGGUCGACUUGUACUGGCGAUCCAAGCUCAUGAAGACGCUGGGACCGCGUCAACACCAUGUCUACAACACCCAUGCCACGCAUGCUUGGACAGUCAAGGACAGCGUCACGGGCGCCGUCUUGCUUGAGACCGUCAUUGACGCCGCGGCUGGGCGCGACCAGAUUGUCGCUGUCUAA